AUGUUCAAACGACUGGCAGUUGGCCUUUUGGCCGCCCAAUCCGUGGCGGCCACUCGAUUCGCCAUGUACAUCGACCAAUGGCACGUAGCUGCGCUACCUGACCAGAAUCAGACGCAGGGAAUUGACACUGCCGUCAUGGGAUUUGCACCCUCGAAGACGUUCAAUUCGGACUCAUCAUUCAAGCCAUUCGAGGAUCCCGAGACCUUCCGCAAGCGUUUCAGUCCUGAUACCAAGCUGACCAUUGCCAUUGGCGGCUGGGGCGAUACCUCUGGAUUCUCGGAGGGAGCCAAGGAUGAUGCCUCGCGUGAGAAAUAUGCCAAGAACGUCGCAGCGAUGCUCGAUGCUAAUGGAUUUGAUGGCGUGGAUAUCGACUGGGAGUACCCUGGUGGUAACGGUCAGGACUACAAGGACGUUCCGAACUCCAAGAAGGUGGAUGAAAUCGAAACUUACCCCAAGUUCUUGGAAGCUCUCCGCAAGGCCAUUGGAAAGAAGACUCUUUCCAUUGCCGUCCCUGGCCGCAAGCAAGAUUUCAUUGCCUUCACCAAGGAGCAGGGCCCUAAGAUCUUCAAGUCCGUCGAUUAUGUCAAUGUCAUGAGCUAUGAUCUGAUUAACCGUCGCGACAAUGUUACCGCCCACCACAGUGGUGUGCAGGGAUCCCUGGACACCAUUAACGAGUACCUGUCGAUCGGUGCCCCUGCAGAGAAGCUUAACCUUGGUUUCGCGUACUACGCGAAGUGGUUCACUACCGAUCCCGAGUCUGACUGCGAAGAGAACCCUCUCGGCUGCAAGCUGGUCAAGCUUGAGAACGACGAUGGAACUGAUAACGGCAAGUCUGGCACACUCACCUUCGAGGCCAGCACUGUUGCCGAACCCCCCAAGGACCUCAAGGAAACUUCCAAUGGAAAGUGUGGCUUCGCUGAAGGAACCAAGUGCCCCAAGGGCCAAUGCUGCAGCACCUACGGCAACUGUGGCACCGGUGAUGACUUCUGCCAGGCUGGCUGCUUGUCCGACUACGGUACCUGCAAGGGUAUCUCGAUUACCGACUCCUGGCGCAAGGCCCAGAAGGACGGACAGACCGAUGAGAAGGGUGGUGGCCAAUACUACUUUGACAAGGAUGCCAACAUCUUCUGGACCUGGGAUACUCCCGCCAUGAUUGCCCGCAAGUUCAAGGAGAUUGUUGCCGAGAGGAAGCUCGGAGGAGUCAUGGCCUGGAGCUUGGGUGAGGAUACCUACAAGUUUGAACACCUUGGCGCCAUGCAGAAGGGACUCAAGGCUCACACGGAGAAGAACUAG